UGUGUGUAAGUAGAGAUCGAUCGCUAAUCGAGCACUAUAUGGGGCUGCGGACCUGCGGCGCCAUGGAAGGUGAGGUCGUCGCCGCCUCGCCUUUCUUUGAGUGGCUCAAGCCACCGGCGGCGGCGGCGCCGUCCUCAUCGUCCCGGUCGUCGUCUUUUUCUUCAUCGUCGUCGAUGAUGUCCAGGGAUCGAGAAACUGGGGAAGACGGCGGAGGUGGAGUUCAAGAAGAUAGCAGUGGCAUGACUUGUUUGCCACUGCUCAGCAUGCUCGAGGAGGGGAAGAGGCCUGAGUAUCCAGUGAAAGAAGAGAUCGUGAGUGGUGCACACGCAGCGGGAGUGCUGGAGCCCGGAGUGGACUUGAAUAUCGGCUUGCCGGUUACCGGAUCUAGUGCUCAGGAGUUCACCAUGGAGGAGGCGGAAGAGGAUUAUGGGGAGAAGGAAGACGACGACGACGACGACGAUGUUGGGGAGGAGGAGAUGGAUGAGUGGAAGCCUAUGCAUGGCGGGUGCAAGGUGGAGGGGGAGGAAGAGCAGUACGGCGAGGCGGUGGCGUCGGUGGAAGGAUCGAGUAGCAUCACAGUGGGGGAGUUCGGCGGAGGGGUCGUGGCGGAGAGCGGCGUGGCGAUGAGCAACCGGUAUUGGAUCCCGACGCCCGCGCAGAUCCUCAUCGGCCCGGUGCAGUUUGUCUGCCAUGUCUGUAACAAAACCUUCAACAGAUACAACAAUAUGCAGAUGCACAUGUGGGGGCACGGGCGGGAGUACCGCAAGGGCCCGGAGUCGCUCAAGGGGACGCAGACGCUGGCGAUGCUGAAGCUGCCGUGCUACUGCUGCGCGGCGGGGUGCAAGAACAACGUCGCCCACCCGCGGGCGCGGCCGCUCAAGGACUUCCGCACCCUGCAGACGCACUACAAGCGCAAGCACGGCGCCAAGCCCUUCCACUGCCGCCGCUGCGCCAAGCCCUUCGCCGUCAAGGGCGACUGGCGCACGCACGAGAAGAACUGCGGCAAGCGCUGGUUCUGCGCCUGCGGCUCCGACUUCAAGCACAAACGCUCCCUCAACGAUCACGUCCGCUCCUUCGGCGCCCACCACCUCCCCGUCGCCGAAGCCGCCGCCGUCGCUGCCCCCGCCGACAAGGACCGCAUCAUAAGCUUCCAACGGUGA